UUGGUUGAAAAAGGAGUGGAUAAAUGCGUCCACUACUGGCCAAAUUUGGUGGGACAGCCAGUCGAGUACACGUCAGGAGUAGUGCAAAUCGUCGUUGUCAUGAUUCGUGAACUCACAGCGUGCAAGUCGAUCGUGCUACGCGAGUUCGUGGUGAAACUGAACGAAGUUGAGCACACGGUCACUCAACUGCAUUUUUUACAGUGGCCUGAUCAGCACACUCCGAAGAAGCAGGAUUUAGAACAACUUAUUGAUAUGUACAACUCAGUGGAUGCUGAGAAGAGAGACCUCAGGAAGUAUGGACCCAAUAUUAUUCAUUGCAGCGCUGGUUCUGGGCGUACUGGAACCUUCAUCGCCAUCGACAUGCUACUGCGUCAAGUGAAGGCAAAACACAAUUGGAUCGACCCGUUCGGAAUCGGUUUGCACUUGCGACAAAUGCGCAAAUCCAUGAUCGGUUCUAAGCAUUUUGACUUGCAAUAA